AUGCCACCCCCGCGCACCGCGGCCUCCUCCUUCUACAGUGGCUACACAGCUACGUUUCGGAACGCGCUCGCGCGCGACAGCGCGAGCCUCGCGACACGUGUGGAGAACGUUCUGGAGUUCAUGCGAACUCAGAAUCUCAAUCUAGAGCUUUUUAUGGACGCUGUCUUCUGGGGUGAUCCGGGGUGUAUCGCAAACCGCAAGAUCGCGCACGAGCGCGCGGUCUUCAUGCGGAGCCCCAUUCUUCUGAGCGUCCUGGACCGAUGGUGGCAUCCGCCGACAAAAGAGACGUCUGGUGGUGGGAGUGCCAUGAAGGACUUCCUUGUCGCCCGUGUCGGAGAGACUCUUGUCGAAGAGCUCGAAGACGUCGCAUCCAGCCAGUUGCGGCCGCCAGAUAACCCCCUCUCCGCGUCCAACUUGACUAGUGUCAACUUUCGUGACGUGGGCACUCAAAUCCAGAACAGGCAUGCGCCGAAGCUGUGGCUCCUGCUGCAACAGCUCGCAUGGAGUCCCCGCCAGAAGAAAGAAAAUUCUCAAAAAAACCCCUUUCACGUAUGUAUCCCGCCGUCUGUCUGUGCCCUUCUUAUAAUCCUUACAGUGAUCUCGAUGCUUGCGUACUCUCGUUCACACGACUCCUCACGCCUCACUAUGAUAUGGUCAAUCUUUCUCAAAGCGUGCGGCUUACCCGCCCGCGCGUUCGACGCGCUGCACGCUCUCGGAAUCACUAUGAGCCACAAGUGGACUACGAACGCCUUCCAAACGGUCGCCAAGAAUGCGAAGAUCGACACGAAAACGGAUAUCUGCGCACAUCGUCGUGCUCUCCUCGGAUCGCACGAUAACCUUAACGUGCCCAUGCGCGUCUUCUCGCAACGCUCACACAACCUCAAUCAUUUCAUCAGCGCAUCGGCUGCCACCAUUUGGAUCUUACCGAAGGAGGCUCUGCUUCCGGAAGACAUCUCCGUCAAGACAAAAGCUGCGCGUAAGGCCGCGAUGGAGGAGGGCCCCUUGCCAGCAAAGGACCUUGUCAUGGGCGAACUCGAUGCGGCCACGCGCAUGAAGGCGCAAGGGCGCGAUCGCGUUCUCCGGUUCCUACUCCAAAGCCCAGCCUUUGCCGACUAUCCUCACCACGACGAUCCGCUCUUCGCUGCCCCACCUCCGGUCGAGCUGCUUCCGUGCGGGCCUGAACACAUGGUCAAGCAGCACAUUCUGGAGACCGUCGAAGUCGACGAGAGCAGUUAUGACGGCACCGACCAGCUGAUGAACAAGAUAUGGCUAGAACAGAUGGGCUGGGGCUCGGAGGAAGAGAAGAAACGCACUGGCGCAGAGCGAGUGAUUGUAUGGGCCGGAGAUCAACUCACUGUGGACCGCAUACGCGGUCUUGCCCGCUAUCGGCACGACGACCCGAACUCCUUCGCGCGGAUGGAGUGGGUUGAGCCUGUCUUCGGAUGGUUCCACGCCACGAUGGCGUUCGCAAACUCACUGCAUGCACAAUACCUCGGGACGUCGGCGGGCAUUGGGCUCCGGAAAGCGUUCGAGACACUGAGCCGGAAGGGCCUUCUCAAGCAGGAGACGAAAGGGGUGUUUUGGCAUCAUCUCGACGAGGCUCUCUGGCAUGUUGGGGAAGCCAACUUCCUCGCGCUGUGGGCUGAGGUCGGCGGCGCAUCUAGCCACGCAGAUCUGGCUUCCAAGUCCCCGCAGGAACUCAUUGCAAUCCUCAACACAAUCUGCGACAAACAUAUAUCGCGCGAAGCGAUAACUCACAUGGAGAAUCAGCCCGCAGCCCAGCAAGAUGAGGUAAAGCGGCAGAUGAUCAUGCUCAGCGCUGAUCUUCUGCCAUACUUCGACCUGCGGGAGGCAAUGCGCAUAGGCGAUGUCGGCCGUAUGGAGGACCUCCUUCCCACACUCCUCUUUCGCUUUAUCGGCGGUGGGAACCACAAGUACGCCGUGGAGAUCCUUGAGCUGCUCCAUAAGUUACGACGCGAAUGGCCUGAGGAGCUACGAACUCAUAUUCGCAGGCACUGCUGGCUUGUAAAUCUCACAGGAAAGCGUGAUGGGUUCCACGCUGUGGACCUUGCACAGGAACACAAUAUCAAGGACAUCAAGGUGACUUGGCGAUCAUUUGGCCCCGGUGCGACCUUCGCAUACAUCCAAAAAAUAUCGCCCGCCAUCCCGGUGCUUCGCGCGAUAAAGAAGAGCAUAGCGGCACAGUUCCCAAGCCUUCUCGCGCGCGGCGCGCGCCAUGGGAGCCCCUCGAAGGACAAGGACGUCGAGCGAGUGAUCAGUAUGUUUCGCGAGUCACAUGUUCUCGAAUUCGAUGCGAUGAGGACCAUUAACGGAGGUCAAGCGGACCAUGCACCUGAUGUAGUUUCCGCAGGAGUGGGACAGCUCAUUGAGGAGCGCAUUGUAGACCGUUGGUGGACUGAUCGCUGCUUUCCGAAGGCCACAACCGAGAUAUAUACAUUAGACGAAUAG